AUGCCUCGAGCACCUCCGCCGGGCAUGAUCCUUGUUACCGCCAUUGCUCUUUUUGUUUGGUUCAUGUUCUGGGUUGGUCAACAAGAGCGGCCCGGCGAUCGACUGGCUGUAGCACCUGCUCCCAUGCCAAAAUGGAUGAAACCAAAACAGCCCAAACCGCCCAUACCGACCGUUGGACCCAUCACUCAAGCAGGUGAUCCGAUUAUGGGGCAUCUUGGCAACGAGACGCUGAAAGAAGAGUUGGGCAGGGCUGCUUGGAAGCUAUUUCAUACCACUAUGGCCAGAUUUCCAGAUGAGCCUACUCAGGAUCAGAGCGACGCUCUCAAAAGCUAUCUUUACCUUUUCGCGCGACUGUACCCUUGCGGCGAAUGUGCCGAACACUUCCAGGCGCUGCUCAAACAGUAUCCUCCACAAACGUCGUCAAGGUCGGCAGCGGCAGCGUGGGGCUGCUUUGUGCAUAAUCAAGUCAACGAGAGGAAGAAAAAGCCCAUAUUUGACUGCAGCAAUAUUGGUGAUUUCUACGACUGCGGGUGUGGUGACGAUGAAAAGGAGCAAAUGUCGAAUCUAGGAGCGAAGAGUACGGCUGUUGCAAAGGCGGAACCGAUAGAUGUUGAAAGAGAAGGUCCUACACGAGGGGGAUAA